CAAUUUUAAUUCAUUACAUGUAAAGACUUGAACGUCUUGACACAUUAUUACUUUUUUUUCAAAAUCAAAGUUUUUAUUAUAAGUUUUCAAUUUAUUACAAUAUUUUUUUUUUGCAAACAAUUGAAUGUGAAGAAGAAAAAAAAUGUUCAAAUCAAGUGCCAAUUCUUUAAUCAUUCGCGUGAAUGUGAAUGAUACCAAAAAAUUUCUGGUCGAUGUUCUUCAUCGUCGUUUUUCAUUCAAUUAUCGAUCAAUAAAUUCAAUUUCCAAUGAACAAGCACCAUCGACUACAAUUCGAAAUGAAAAUUAUUCGACCGUAACAUAUUCGUCAAAUAAACCUCGUGUACUAAUUACAGGAAGUUUUGGACAAUUGGGUUUCGGUUUGGCAAAACUUAUACGAAAUCGUUAUGGCCGAGAUAAUGUGAUAAUGACUGAUAUUGUUAAACCACAAACCGAUAUAAUUGCAUCGGGUCCCUUUACAUUUAUCGAUGUUUUAGAUCGUACAAGUAUCGAAUCAGCUGUCGUCAAAUAUGGAAUCGAUUGGAUAAUUCAUUUUAGUGCAUUACUUAGUUCAAUCGGUGAACAAAAUGUAUCCCGGGCUAUUCAAGUGAAUAUCGGUGGACUACAUAAUAUUUUUGAAGUAGCACAAAAACAUAAACUAUCGGUUUUUGUUCCAAGCACUAUUGGUGCAUUUGGUCCUGAAUCUCCACGAAACAUUCCAACACCGGAUUUCUGUAUUCAAAGACCCAAAACAAUAUAUGGAGUAUCGAAAGUUCAUGCAGAACUGCUUGGAGAGUAUUUUAAUCACAAAAACAAAUUGAAUUUCCGUUCGCUUCGACUUCCGGGUAUAAUUUCAGCCGAUUCACAACCUGGCGGUGGUACUACUGAUUAUGCAGUCGAUAUGUUUCAUCAGGCCUAUGAUAAUGGAUCAUAUGAAUGUUAUUUAAAACCGGAUACACGUUUACCUAUGAUGUACAUUGAUGAUUGUCUUCGAUCAAUUGUCGAAUUGAUGGAAGCUCCUGAACAAUGUUUACAACAAAGGACAUAUAACAUCCAUGCAAUGGAUUUAACACCAAUGGAAUUAGCUACGGUCAUUAGGCAAUAUGUUCCAAAUUUUGAGAUUCGAUUUUCUAUUGAUGCUCGACAAUCCAUCGCUGAUACAUGGCCACAAGCAUUGAAUGAUCAAGCAGCACGACGUGAUUGGAAUUGGAAUCACAAUUAUGAUCUAAACCAGCUAUGUCAAAUAAUGUUUAAGAAAAUUUCAGAAACAAGAACAUCAAAAUAUUUGAAUCACGAAACGUUGAAUAAAGCCGUAAAACAUGAUCAACAACAUAAAUCGGAUUGUACACAAGAUGAUAGUUCAAUUCAUCAUAGCCGUCAACAACAACAAAUGGCUUACUAACAAAAUAUAAUGGCGUGCUGAAUUGUUAGAAAACAAAAAAA